GAUUCUCCACCAAACCGGCGCACACGCGCGCGCUCCCCGCGGAACUCCCGCCGGCUGCGCGGCUGGGUCCCAGAGGCGCGCCCGAGCUGCCGCGGCCGCAGCCAACAUGGCUGAGACUAGCGAAGAGGUGGCGGUCCUGGUGCAGCGGGUGGUAAAGGACAUCACCAACGCCUUCAGAAGGAACCCACACAUAGAUGAAAUUGGCCUGAUCCCAUGUCCUGAAGCUAGGUAUAACCGGAGUCCCAUAGUCCUGGUUGAAAACAAACUUGGUGUGGAGAGCUGGUGUGUCAAGUUCCUUUUACCGUAUGUCCACAACAAGCUCAUUUUGUACAAAACAAGAAAGCAAUGGCUGAACAAGGAUGAGUUGAUAGAUGUCACACGCACCCUGCUGCUUCUAAACCCAGACUUUACCACUGCAUGGAAUGUGAGAAAAGAGCUGAUCCUUUCUGGCACUUUAAAUCCAAUUAAGGAUUUACAUCUGGGAAAACUGGCCUUAACUAAGUUUCCAAAGAGUCCAGAAACAUGGAUUCACAGACGAUGGGUGCUACAACAGCUAAUUCAGGAAACCUCCUUGCCUUCCUUUGUGACCAAAGGAAACUUGGGAUCAAUUCCUACAGAAAGGACACAGCGGCUAAUACGAGAAGAGAUGGAGGUCUGUGGAGAAGCAGCAGGGAGAUAUCCAAGCAACUAUAAUGCCUGGUCCCAUCGCAUCUGGGUUUUACAACACCUGGCCAAGCUAGAUGUCAAGAUUCUUCUUGAUGAACUAUCUUCUACUAAAAACUGGGCAUCCAUGCACGUUUCAGACCACAGUGGAUUUCACUACCGCCAGUUUUUGCUAAAGUCUUUGAUUAACCAAACUGUGAAAGACAGUUCUGUAUUGGAACAAAACCCUUUGAGAAGUGAGCCAGCUCUUCUUCUUCCAAAAGAUGAAGAAGCAGCAGCUUCAACAGAGGAACCAAGAAUAAAUAUUCCCCACCUUCUAGAAGAAGAAGUUGAAUUCAGCACUGAUCUUAUUGAUUCCUACCCAGGACAUGAAACCCUUUGGUGUCAUAGGCGGCAUGUUUUCUACCUUCAACAUCACUUAAGUGGUAGGUUUCCUCACAAUGUGACCCAGUUGUCACCUGCAGACAGCCCUGGAGGGACUUCUAGUGACUUGCACCACAUCCCAGCAGGCCCUCAUACAGCUCAGGCAAUGGAAGUGGACGGAUUGAGUGACUCUAGCAAGCAAGGCUAUUCCCAGGAAACAAAGCGCCUGAAGCGGACCCCAGCUCCAGAUUCCCUAGGCCUGGAAAUGGAACAUAGGUUCAUCGAUCAAGUGUUGUCCACCUGCCGGAAUGUAGAGCAGGCCAGGUUUGCCAACGCAUAUAGGAAAUGGCUGGAUACGUUGAGUCAAUGAAAGAGGUGGACUAUUCCUGCUCCCCUUUUAGUGCAAUAUUGCUUUCCUUUCUUAUUUACGUAACUGCAUGAAUUGUUUGCUAUUAUUAGCUAACCAUAUAUUCUUCUUCUUUAGGUUAAAAGUCCUAAAAAAAAUCUUUCAUUGUAUUUAUUUUGUUAAGAACUGGCAUUCCUUUGGGGAUAAAAUAAUUGUGUAGUUCCUUCCUGCUAAACAGUGAGUCUUAAUUUUUUUUCUUUGUAACUUCCCAUCCUUUAUAUUUCUACACUUCUGUAGUUUUAACGGAAGCCUGUAUUUCUAGGCUCCCCCUCAUUUGGUUCUCCUGGUUGGUUCACACACACCUCCGCCCACCUCAGUGCAAUUGCUGGGUAGACUCAUCUUUUUAAAUUAAAAAUUUAUGUUGUAGUUAAGCUUAAAAACAAUACAAAUGCAAAAUUACUCAAUCUAAUUGUUGUUUUGAGAAUCAAAUGGCCAGAUGGAUGGGUAUGUGAAAAUAUAAACCAUUUCUUUCUCUUGAAUAUUCUAUUCAAGUUACAGACCAAGAUAACCAAAGUCAGAAGUAUUGGAAUUUAUAUGAAAAUAAUGCUUCCAAUGUAAUCCCUUUUUUAAAUGGUUAUUUUAAAAUAAUAAUAAUGAUUUUAAGAGUUUAUGUAAUUGCAGUACUGGAAAAUUAUUUUUAUUACUAGUUUUGAUAGGUUGUUUUUACCUCAAAUUUGGUAUAUGCCAAAAACACUCAAGUCAGCGCUUAGAAAAAUCGAUUUUUUAAAAAAACCUGGAAUGCCAUUUUUAGUUAUUACUACUUAUUUUCCUUCCAUUUCACCAUGAAAAAUGGUAGAAAUAUGCAUAGAAAUGUAUCCACAAAGAUCUUCCUUUUAAAAAAUUUAAGUUAUUGAGGAUACACUGGAUAAACUACAAAAUUUUUAUGAAGUGAUUAUUCAAAGUUAACUGGCAAAAGCCAGGGAGACAGAAUAGUUUUGAAGGUUAGUUCUUCAAUCUUUAUUUAAAAAAUAAAACAAUUUAAAAACUUUGAUACUAAACUUAUCAGGGAUGAGAUACCAAAGUAUCCACCUAUAUCUGUAUCUUAUCUUUUCAAUAACAAGGGCUGGUUUUUUUCAGGUUAGUGCAGCAGUGGUGGGGAAAGGGCCAGGCAACGUCUAUUUUCUAUUAUUAUAUUUCCACCAUCAUAAAUGGUCUGCAUUUCUUAUUUCCUCAUACCUUUCUGUUUAAUUUCCCAGUCUGUUUCAUAUUUUUUGUCACUUUCACUUUGGUCUGUUUUUCCUUAUCUGUCUUAUUUCAGGGACAUAUUCUAAAAACAUUCUCUCUAUUUCGAAUGAAUUCCAUACUUCAUUUCUCUCUCUCUCUCUCUCUCUCUCUCUCUCUCUCAAUGUGAACUGCUUCUCUAAAAGUUCCCCUGAUGAUGGAAACUGUCUUUUGCCCGGUGUGUAUUAUGAGAGUAAUAGUGGCAGAAACAAGUGUGACCACCACACUUCGCUGUUCUCCUUUUUACGUGCUACAUCACUUAACAGUGUGAAGAGACAGCUGUAGAGACAGGCAGACCUCGCUUAUCUUUCCAUUAUGGAGGCACAUUGCCAUAACGGAAAAGAGUAAGUCCUUUACUUCUGCAUCAUGAUUUUGCUGAGCGGCAAAAUGUUAAGAGUUAAGAACACCAGAAAAAUUGUCCAGCUUGGUUUCUGUAGACAGAAGCUGCUCUUAUCUCUUAAGGGCAAAAUUACCCUUUUGUAGCUUUUACGGUAUUUUAGUGAGAAAAUAAUUGCCAUUAUGAAUAUAAUUCCAUGGCCCUUUGUGUACAAGGCAUAUUCUGAAUCAAAUAAAUACCUCAAGGUCCACCUAGACCUCUAUGGGUAAAACCAUUAGUUUGUGAUCUUCAGCACCUGCAGGGGUUUGGGGGGAAAUUACACAGAGAAGACAUGGGAUAUUCUUCCCAUUCCACUAACACAUGUUGCCAAAUUCUGGCCUCACUCAGUAUUUACCUUUUUUCCAAACAUCAUUUUAAGUAUCCCAAGUAUUAGAGCUUCUAAUGCUUUUGAUGUUAGAGUGUUCAGGACAUGACUACAGACAAAACCCUGUGAAUCAUCAACUAAAUUUUAUAGUGUUUCACAUCUUUUUAUACCUUCCAUUGAGUAUCUAUCUUGCUCAUCUUGUUAACUGUCUUCUCUGUUUUAAGGCUCUUAGCCCAUCCCUUUCUGAAGCCCCACAGUCCUCUAGUAUCUUGUUCUCUUCUCUUCCUAAUGAAAUUGUAAGUAGGGAGAGAAAAUACAAACAUUCAAAGGGUACUGUUUGUAUGUGACUUUUCUGUGAUACUUUAUUUCUAAAAUUUUUAUUUCUCAAGUCUCAUUCACAGAAAAACCUAGUAUUGCUCUAUAUGGGUGUACUUUUUUCCUAAAUGGUUUACACCUGAACUCACCAGCGGUAGCAUGAUAAUAACUGGCUGAAUGAGCUCAUGUAGUGGAAAGGAUGUAUCUAUCAGGCACUUGUCAGUCUUCUUACUUUUUAUAAAUAUGUUGUUGUUUUAAAAAAAGAUGGUUUAGGUUGACACACAUUUCAUCAAACUUUCACUGAAAGACAGUAGGCCAUAGAACAUCCUGUGGAUCAUGAAUACUACUGACAUGCAAAAAAGCAAUAAGAUUGUCAAUAUCUUCACCACCACCACCACCACCUAACUUUUUUUUUUUUUAGUGUGACAAUUUUGGUAAAACGGUGUUCCCAGAUUCUACUUGCACAUUAUGAAGAUUUUUUAAAUAUUUAUUAACAAAUGAUUAACUGUUUGAAGAGGGGAAAGAUUCAUCAUGAAGAUAGAUAGAGCGAGUUAUGAUUGAGAAAUUGAUGGAUUAGAGCAGUGGAUUGUGAAUGAAUGAUGUAUUCUAACCUCAUGAUACUUCAGUGGACAUUGCAUAUAGAAUCAGUAUAUAUACACACACAUGCACCCCCACCUUGUUUAAGCUUAUUAAAUCCCUUCUAAGAAGUACAACUGUAAUUAUCAAUUAACUGUACUUUAAUAUAUACUAAAAAUUCAUAGAACUAAUGAAGUCCACUUGCAUUAAGAACACUACUUUCUGUUUUGAUGUUGGAGAACAGAUAUUACCAACAUAGCCAGAGCCACUUAUGAGCAUCUGAAGAAAUUCUUUGAUUUUAAAGACAUGUUGAUCUGUACCUGUGGCUGGAUAGUUAUUUUGCACUUCACCUUUUCUCCUUCCAAACUUGAACUGUGGACCUUGUAGAUAUUAAACCUAUGUUAGUCAUUUGUUUUAAGCUUGAGAAUUUGAUAUCUAUUCGUGUCCCCUUUUUCUUUUCUAGGAUUUAGCAUUUUAUUACCUUUUUGGAAACUUUGGGUGCAGACUUUCAGUCAUAUUUCUUAUUCCUAUUGUACGGUUCUAGUUUAAAUCAAAGGCUUCAUUAUUAAUAAGACUAAAUGUAUACACACAUCAUUAAAAGCCACUUAAAUCUUCAGAUAAGGGCUUAUGUAACAAGAUGUAGAAACAAAAGUUCUUGGAUUUUUACGUGGCAUUUUGUAGGAAAUAUGGUGGUAACUUUUGUGUCAUUUAGAUAUAUUCAGGUCAUAUCAAUUCAUGCUUGAGACUGUGUGUGUGUAUGUGAGAGAGAGAGAGUUUAGAUAACUUCUAAUAUUGUUAAGAACAGAUUAUUAGUCUAGUAAUUAUAGCACAAGAUGGUAUCUGACAUAGGGGCUAAAUACAGUUUGGGAAUGUAACUGCCACUUGUACAAUAAUCUAUCUAAACCUUAGUUCCCCUGAAUUACAGAAGAUGAUAAAGAUCCAGUUAUCAAAGGAAUGACAUCUAAUCUUUUUUUGUGUAAAGUUUUUGUAAGCUUACAGUUAUUUUGUUACUAGAAAAUUAUAUUUUAAAACUUCAGCAUUUAAAGUAUGCUAGACAAUUUGAACAGCACUGUAACAACAGAACCUUUUGUUCUUCUGAAUAGAUUUCUCAAAUAGAACUGUUGCAAAUGCUAGCACUUUGUGUGCUGCCGCCUCCCUGUGCUUGGGUGUACUCGGUAACGUGCUCCUGUUUAAUGAAGUGUGUGGAGGCACAGGAAAGCCUAGGCAAUAUUCAGUGUGAUGGAGGCAGUAAGCAGGAAAAAUCAACCCUGAGGAUUCUACUUAAUGUCACACAGUGUCUUUAAAAAAAAAAUAACUAUACAUACUGUGUUAAUUCGAGUGCCUUUCUUACUUUUGGGGGGAGCAAGAUUAUAUUUAGUCUAAUGUUUAGGUAGAAAACAGAGGACAGGAGUGUUAUCAAACAGUUGAUUGUGACUCAUUUAUUCCAGUCACUAGCAUGGUUCCCAUGGGGUAUUUUAUCUUUAACGAGAUACUGAUGUGAGCAGGUGGGAUGUUCUGGUUUACAUUCAUCGGUUAUCAUGUUUAAGCACCCUACCAAGAAGAAUUGGUUCUUUGGGGGGAGGGGUUGGAGGCAUCACAUUUAAAGGAUGGCAUGUAAACAAUUAAACAUCAGUUUGUGUUCAAAGGGAAACAGUGGCUCUCUGCCAUAAAAGAAAUGCCAUACAGUUGUCCUGAAUGAACCCUUUGCCUCACUUUAAGGACUUAGAGAAUUCCCUCCCAAACCCAGGCCUGCUUAAGACAGUUGAAAAGGAAAAUAAAUAAAUGGAACCUUUGUUCUUUCAGACACUGGAGGGAAAGAAGUCGAUACUGAGAUGAAGUUUUAAAUCUGGCAUUUUAUUUACUGGGGUAUGGAAAGGGGAGAGAUGGGAGUUCCCUGUUUCAAGAUAACAAGUAAUUUUUAAUUGUAAUUUCAUAAAAAUAGCUAAGGACUCCAAAGUGCUUUUCAGAUGACUGUUGAAUAAUAUCUCUCAAUAAUAUAUGUCAUGUUCAUACUUGAGACAGCAAACCAUUGUGUCAGUUGUGGAUCUAGGGUGGAGGAGAGCCUUAGGCUCCUGGUUUUGACUUCUGUAUUCUCAGCAGGCCAUGUUAACACUGCAAAACCAAAUUCUUUGCUUUAAAAAAAAAAGAGAGAGAGAGAGAGGGAGGGAGAACAGUAGCUUAGUCUGCUCAUGAAACCUUGUGCUUCCAGGAGUAUUUUAUAUAUAUAAAAUAGUUUGUGCUUUGGGGCAAUAAUAUGGUCUACAAAGCUAACCCUGGCAUUACUUUAAUUAGUCUUGUUAUUAUUCCUCAGGGUGUAGAAGAUUUAGUCAAUUUAGGACAAAAUUUUAUAUUCAGUGGCAAAAAAGAAAAGGCAAAAAUAUACUAAAUAUAUUAUUAGUUCUUAAAAUUUUAGUAUAGAUAGUAUUUUUUAUAAACCACUACCAGCGCAGUAGCAUGUAGAUGCUUGGUGACUGCCUCACUGCUCAUCCUGCUGCUUUGGUCCCUAUGGCUUUGUUAUGAAUGUUCUCUUCCACGUGUCUCCUCUGGAAACAGUUUCCGUAUUGUAUUAUUUUUCAUGUUUGGCAGAGGUGGGGGUGUUUCAGAUGACAUUCUCAGUUUUUGGAAAUCCUAAUGAAGAAAUGACUACUGUUUUCAAACUGACAAUUAUUUUGCUUCUUAAAACUUCAAUUUCCCUAAGAGGGUGUUUUAUAUUCAGACCCUGUACAUGUUCAGUACAUUGCAUAAUGCUUUGUACCUUAUAGGAGUUCAGCAGGUCAGAGUUGUUAAAGGUCAGAAAAUUAAAACUAGCUUACCUCUUUCUUCUCACCGUUGUUCAUAUUCUUAGUUUUAGAAGAAAUAAAGUACAUAAGAUAUUUAAUCAGGUUCAAACAUACAAGGCAAAGACUGUAAGUGAAAUUCAGACAUUUUUAAAGCAUAUGUGUGUGUAUAUAUAUUUAUGUUUAUGCAUUUAAAUGAGAUUUGGAACUCGAAUUUAUAUCAUGGUUUUACAAAGAAUUUUAUCUGAGGAAUUUUAUUUUCAUAUUUGCUUAAAGUGCUCCUGUUUUAAAGGUAUUUUUAUUAGACCAACCCCCUCAAGCAAAGUUAGAACCAUAACACAAGUGCCCAUUUGCUUGAAUUAAUCAGAUAUUUGUAAAUUAUAUUAAAUCUUUGGUUGCGGACAAACCAGUGGCAUUUCUUCCAUGUCUUUAGGGAAUCAGCCUUAAGUUUAUGUAUGGCAGUCACUUUCCUCAAACUACUAUGCAGCAUACUUCAGAUGUGUAUUUAUCUUUAUAAAGCAAUCAGUAAUAAAUUUGAAGUUUUUUAAUGUCAUUUUUGUCAUAGGGAUGAAAAUAUUACAUGUCCAGAUGUUGACUCAUACAGCAUUCUAUUAAAAGUGCUCAUAUGUUAUCCUCCCUCACAAAUGUCAUCUUGCAUUUGGAGCAGGUAUGUUUUCACAGUGGUAAAAGAAUGAGAGUAGACUGAGUGCGAUUAUAGUAGGUGUUCAAUAAUAGUCAUUUAUCAAUCUACCAUCAAAAUAACAGCUUUCAGACAGGAGACUGCUAUCCUUCACUGAGGAGUAUAUUUUCAGAGUAAUAUAUGUUUGAAAAAUAUAUCAUUUGACAUGAAUUUUCAGGCUUAUUUAGGUUGGAGUUAGUAACAUGUAAUAAAAAUAUUAUUCAUGUAGAACAUGGUCUGAAGAUAGGAGUGUGAAAAGCUUAGUGUCUUUUUGUGCAAGGCACAUUAAUCAAUGUAAUGAAGUGUUUCAGUAGGCUGUUGAACUCUAGAAAGAACUAUAUAGUCUUUUGCAAUCAGUUUCUAUGCUGGUAUAUCCUGGUUUAGGUUCUAUAUUUCUCCCUGAAUCUUGGUUGCUUUCCAAUGUCUUAAACAUCUAUAAAGAACAUCUUUAAAAUAAGGGAGAUUUUUUUCUUGUGAAUGAUAUAGUAGAUUCAGAAUCUGAUAACUUGUGGCUUUCAGAGCAUUUUUAGAAUGCUCUGGAAUUCCAGUGGAAAUUGGAAACAGAUGUAAACAGUUAAACAUUCCAACCUGAGUUGUGAGGAGCAGAGUGUGGAGUACAAUUGCAAUCAGAUAUUGGCUCCUAAAGAGGUUCUUGACAUGUGGCUUUGACGCUGGCUUCUGACUGGGGUGACCACUAUCAGUAUUGUAAUUUGGUGUGUGUUGUUCCUAUAAGAAUAAUGGAAUGUGUAUUAGAUUCACUUGAUUUUGAGUUGGAUGAAAUAAAAGUUGAGGUAUUGUAAGUAUGCCAAAUGUUUAUACCCUCUUGUAAAAACAAAAAAGAAAGAGGGGAAGAAAAUGAUAAAAGGCCAAUUUUUUUUUCAGUAGCUUCUAAAUGUCUUAAAAUACAUGUCUCUUGAACACUAGGCAGUUGGUUACUUUAACACUGAGAAACUUUAAAGAAGUUCUCAAAUACUAUAUUCUACUGUUAGAACUCACCAUGCAUGUUAAUUUUACAUAGCUUGAAGAUUUUCUUAAAUGAAAUAUUUAAGUAAGUAGCACUCAAUAUCGUUUUAAGAUUCUGUUAAAGGUUGUGGUUAAAUGGACAAGUUAUAUAUAGGAUCUGUGGUGCAAGGUCAGAUCCUGUGCAUUAAAAUACAUUUGGCUAACUUAUUUUACUGAAGAUACUAAUUGUGUUCACUCUGAUUGCACUGCUGUUUAAGAAAAACUAUUUUUCCCCCAAAACCGGUCUGCCUUGAAUUUCCUUUAGCUCUCAUCAUAUACUGAUUGACAUUUUUUAAGGGUUAAAUAUUUUAUGAAUUCUUUUUACACUUAAAUUGUAUCCAGGGGUGUCCAACCUUUUGGUGUCUCUGGGCCACACUGGAAGAAGAGGAGUUGCCUUGGGCCACACGUUAAAUACGCAAACACUAACGAAAACUGAUGAGCCAAAAAAAAAAAAAAUUUUUUUUUUUAAGUAAACUUACGAUUUUGUGUUGGGCCACAUUCAUAGCCAUCCUGGGCAACAUGUGGCCUGUAAGCUGUGGGUUAGACACCCCUGCUGGGAGUGUAUACUUUAGAGAAGAAUAAAAAUAAAUCCUGAAGUACAGUAUGUGUAGAGGGUGCUUAUGAUAUCCUGGGAGUUAGUACUCCACAGGGUUUAAAGCAUGAUGCUAAAUUUUAAGGCUAAUGCCAUGAUUAGAGAUUACCUAUAUGUGCUCUGUCCAAUAGAAAUAAACGUGAUCCACAUUGUAAUUUUUACUUUUCUGGUAGCCACAUUUUUUAAAAGGUGAAACUUAAUAAUAAUAUAUUUAAUCCAAUGUAUUAUCAUUUCAGUAUGCAAUCAAUAUACAAAAUUAUUGACAUAUUUAACCUUUUCCUGCAAAAUUCAGUGUGUAUUUUGUACUCACAGUGCAUCUAAAUUCUGACUAGCUACAUUUCAAGUGCUCAAAUAACCAACGUGGCUAAGAACUACUAUAUUGGACAGUACAGACUCAUAGGGUACGAAGUAUGACUUUAUUUUAAAUUGGGAGAUGGUAGGUGAGGUAAGCAUGAAAUUAUGGUACUUUAAAAAUUAUUUAGUAUACUCAGAAAAGUAUCUAAUAGAACUAUCCAUUCAUUUUCCUUCAUCUUCAUUUUAAAUUUGUCUAGAAGUAGGCUUAACCUGUUUCAAUUUGCCAAGCGUAAUAUGAGGAAGAAAUUCCAUGCCAUGUAAAAUACCAUGAUAUGCUAAUUACAACUACAUUAUCAACAACACAUUUUUGUGUUUGCUAAACUCUGUCCUGUUUCUUCAAAAUAAUACCUUAAAUUGCAUGUUAAUUGUAUAUCUGUACCUAUUUUGUUUUUAUAUUAUUCUUACAAUACAAUCAUGUGUAUUAACAAACAGCCCUAGGAUUCUAAUCUUCCUAUGCAGCUGUCUUCCAUUACUUACUGGUAUGCUUAUUAAGUUGUGAUAAGUGGCAGAAAAAUAGAAUGAACCAUUUCUUUUUUCCAUUAGAUUUGUUUUUAUUAUGUGACCAUGUACCAAACCAGCUAUAAAUAAUUGUAUUUCUGUAGAAUAUGGGAAAUAGUGUUUAU